GUGCGGGGCGGCCAAGCUGGGAGCCCGAGUGGAUGAGUGCCCCCCGGCCCAGGUAGGGCUGAUGGAGGAGGGGGAAGGGACCCAAACUCUCCGGGAGCGGGGGUGGGGGAGGGGAGAGGAUGGGGGGUGCUUCCCUCUCUGCGUCCCAAACAAAGUGUCACAAAGAGCUCGGCCGGCGGCAGCAGCGGAGGCGGCUGCAACUCAGCUUUUGUUCUCCCGGCCCGGGUAGCUGAGCCCUGGCCUCCCAAUCUCCUAACCCUGCCCCCCAUCAUCUUCCUGGUUUAUCUUCCCCGGGAGAGGUUUGGGGUGCUGCUGGAAGAACCUCUUGUUCAGGAUCAAAGGUCUUGUCCUACUUGCCAGCCUACUUCUGGGAGGGAGAUUUUCCCAGAGGCUCUCCUACCCAACUCUCUACCCCCUAAUCGGAGAACUGAGGCCCAUAUGGUGCUAAGACUCUGACCUUUCUAGGGUCAGCUCCAGCUAAGGGGCCUUCGGGCUGGCUAUAUACCCACUACCCCAAAUCCAGGUCCUCUAGAACUUUCAGAAGAGGGGUCAAGUUGGGACAUACCUCUGGGAUAAGAUUCACCAUGGUGGGGUGAGCAGGUGAACCUUCCUUUCACAUGCUGUACAUUUGGAGUCCAUGACGAGGUCUGUGACCCCAACUCUGGACAGUCAGAAUGAAGGGGAGGAAGCUUUACUAAGAACUCAAUCUAAAAAGUGGGCAAGCUGUGCAGUGGGGUCAUUUUGGGGGAGCCACCUAAGCAGUGAGGUUCAGAGGGCUGUGGAGAGAAGACCAUAAAAGUGAGCUACUGGCAUGUCUGUGUGAUAUAGGUGGUCUUGACUGUAGACCACCUAAGGAACUCCCUUUCCUUUUAACCCCAUCUAAUGCAACGUUAAUCACAGUAUUAGCGGACUUGGAAGGUGUAAGGAUUCUCAAAGGGGAAAACAUCAAAUAUUAGAGAAGACCAGAGACAGGCCUAGUCACAACUGUACUUCAGAAGUCCUGAGUCCUUGCCCUGUACACUUUGACCCUAAAAACUUCUGAACCACAAGGCUUGAGGGGCAGUCUUUGUGAUCCUCCAGGCAGCAGAUGUUUCUAUAUACCUGACCCUGUUGUUUCUAAGUCUUCUCACCAACCCUUCCGUCCGUCCCUACUCAGUAAGGUUUAAUGGUCCACACCCCCUUUCCCACCAGCUCUCCUAGCACAUAAAAGGAAUUGGCCUGUUGUUUUGGAAAGAUUUCAGAUCCCUAUCCUUGGCCUUGCAUCCCUAUAGAACCCAAAUAAGGGCAAGAUAACCCUUGAUUCCCAGUGGGGGUGGAAAGUAGGUCAUUACUACUGUCUGGCUAAGUCUCGUGGAUGGUGUUUAGGGCCUGACUACAGAAAACUCUGUGAUUAUUGCCCACAGGCAGUAUGUGCCUGACCUGGGUUCCAGGUCAGUUCAUAAAAUCUGGGGUUCUGGCAGUGCUUUCUCCUAUUGCGAAAAACUCAUGGGAUAAGGUGCUUGGGACCUGGUUUGGUGUGGAGAUGAUUCAGGAGAUCUUGACUGGGCCUAGGGGGUCUAUCAGUGUGUUUUGUUGAUUUGAGACCACCCUCUGGGGAAACUUUCCCUGCCCAGGAAUUCAGCUGCAAUUUGGGCCUUCUUGUAUAUCACUGUAUUUCCAUCCUGGAAACUGCUAUGUGCAAAGCAGGUUUUUUGUUUUUGUUUUGUUUUGGGGGCGGAAGCUUUGCCCAAUUCCUUCUUGCUUGCCUCGGAAAUGAGGUCAGCCUCCCAUGAGGUAUUUUGUUUACUAUCCUAUAAGUAGUUUUAGGGGCCCUAGAAUCUUCUCAGAAUCAGAGUAUGUGCCCAUAGGUUAGUCAGCUAUGACCAUGCAGUAUUCCCAGCCUCCCCCCUCCUCCCCCACCAUCUGCUUCCUCUGAAUAUACCAGAUUGGCUGUACACCAGGAUGUUCCGGGAAUCCCCAGGAGAGCAACAGAAUGUGAUGGACCCAAAUACGAUGCCUCAGUAACUCAUUCCAGGAUGUACAAACUGUAACUGUCAGGACACUUCUUAUAGCUAAUUAAAAUUCUUCUAGUUACAUCUAUUUUCUAUUACGUCUGUCUAUUUUCAGUGACAUCCAAAAGGCCAAAAUAAUCCCUCUGGUACCACUGUUUUUUAUCCCCCUCUGUGGUUCCCAGAUAGGAAUUUUAAAAAAAUCCUCCAGCUUUUCUCAGUGCCUUAUAGUGCUAAAAUGGCAAGCGUGGCCCCUCUAGCACUUCAUAGCUCUAUCAAUGGUACUAAGGUGGCCAAAGUGGCUCCUCUGGUAGCCCACUGCACUCUCCAUGGUACUGAAGGAAUGACCAUUUGUUUUAACAUCUCUCUGGGGUCCAGAAGAGUCCUAUGACUCAGAACCACAAAACUUUUGAACUGGAAGGGACCGUCAGUAUAAAUCAGUCCAACCUCCUUAUUUUAUGGAUGAGUAAACUGGGAGGUUAAGUGAUUUACUGAAGGUUGCAGGGCUAUUACUGGUCUAACUGGGCCCACAGUAGUCUUGCACUCCUCAGUCCUAUUCUAGUUCACCUUUCUGAUCCUACUCAGUGAGGCUGGCUAGGCUCUUGGUCCCAGGAAAGGGGUUUAUUUGGAGGAUCCAGAAAAUGAGGGUGGAUGCCUUAAUUUGGAGCUACAGAAAUACAGAUUAAAAGGGGUGGUGGAGGUUGUUUAGUGACCCUUGGACAAAGACAUUUUGUUAAUCUCCUGUUAAUAAAAUUCCCAGCCAGAUACCACAUGUAACAGGUACGUGUCCCUUCAUGGAGCCUUAUUAUAUCUACAAAAUGUCAAAAAUUAAAGAAGCCUUGGACCUCGAGAGCCUUUUCUCAUUGCAGGGCUGACUCUUGGCUCAGUUUUCUUCUAUUAAAGAUCCUUAAGCAAAGUAAUGCUGAGUCCUUUUCUUUCUCAGUAACCUAUUUCAGUUUCAGAAUGCCUAUUGUAAGGAAGUUCUUUAUAUCUCAAAUAUUCCUUCUAUCUCAGGCGAAAAAAACAUAGGCCCACAUUUGUCCAAAUACAAUUCUGUAUGUAAGCAAGAGGGGAGACUGGACGACUUCUGGUCAUUCUCCUAGGCCUGUUUCCAUGAUUCUUAAUUUUGGGGUUGCUUCUAAGUCCUAACGCUAACCUCCUCUGCAGCUUACAAUCAGGAGAUCCCCCCCCCCCCCAGUCCUCUUCCUCUCGGUGCUCUUCUCUUUCCUCAGAACUGGAGCUCUGCACAUCCCAGGCCCAGGGAAUUUUAGCCUGGAGAAUUUUAACCCUUUUCUGCUCAGAGCAUGUGCUGAGCCCCUAUCUGUGCAGAUGGCCCAGCCCCGCCCCCCGUCCCUCACUCCAGCCUCUUGAGCUCAGAGCCAGUGUAAUCCUCCUCUUGUGUGAGGGAGCCUCUCCCCUGCAGAGAGGAGGAAAGCCUGCUUCGGAACAGCCCUGGACAAAGGGGCUGAGAUGCCCCAUCAAACUGCAGGCUUCAAGGUUUGAAACAUGGGGAUGAAUCCUAUUCGGUAUUUGCAGUUUUUAACCCCUUCCCCAGGCCAGCAGCGCCCCUUAACUUCCACUCCUCCCCCAACUCUCUCUCCAUUCCCUCUCCUUCUGGCUCUCUCCCCCUUCAUGCCCCUCCCCCUCUGUCUGUCUCCAGACUCUCUGCUGCUGGGAGGUGUUGCUCUCCCAUGCAUGAAUGAGUCUCUGUAAUGAAUGGAAAUGAAUGGAUCAGGAAUCCAGGCGGAGGGAGGAAGAAUAAGGGGGAAAGACAGAAAGACAGGGUAAAGGCAGAAGGAAGAACUGUGGAGUCUGGAAGAUUGUUUGGCUGGCUGGUCAGUUAGGGGUCUGAGAGCAACUGGUCCCACAUGGAUAACUGGGGAGCUUGGCAAGCCCACCCUGUUUGCUCAUCAAGCUGCACAGCCCAGCCUAAAUGAGAAAGGGGCAUACUGUGAUGGUCUCCUCCACCACCAGAGGGUGGGGGCGUUGGGAGUGGGGGGUGAUGAUGGUACUUGUUCUGGACAAGGCAUUUAAAACGAAUAAUUUAGGGGAAGAAAUCUGGGUUAACGGGGGCAGUGUGAGCAAAUCAAGGAGUACUAGUUUUGAAGACAGCAGCUCCCUCCUGUCUCAGGAUGUAAGGAAGGAGAAGGGCUAGGUUUUAGGGUACUGAGUGUGGUGUUGGGGGUGACUCCACUGCUGAAAAUCAGGGCUCAUCUUUUCCUCAAAAUCUGUCUCUCUUGCUUUAGCUCUUCAGCACCUGUUGCCUUCACUAGCAGCUUUUCCUCCUCCUCUUCCCUGCACUCCCCAGAACCAAAGAAUGUGAAGGGGGUCCAUGGAGGUGAGUGAAGCUCUGGCCUGAAUCUACAAGUACCUGUAUAUUGCCUCCCCUCCCUACCUCUCUCUCUCUGGCCUCCCAUUAUUAGAAAUUAUUUCCAUUGCCCCAAAGGCUCAAUUCCCAUUCGUCCCCCAGCUUCCCCGAGGUUAGUGGGAAGGGCGCCCGGUGUUCCUGGUUCAGGCCCCAGCUCACCCUCCCUCGGGUUCCUCUGGCCCUCCAUGUCCAGGCUUCCCCUACAGCUCUCCCUUCUCCACUCUUUGCUCUACUCACAUCUUUCUCCCCAGGGCUCACGUCCCCGCGCCCCGGGCGGCCACCUAGCGCCGUCGCCACCGGCCUUCGACGGCGAACUGGAUCUGCAGCGCUACUCCAACGGGCCAGGCGUGAGCGCCGGGUCUCCGGGAAUGGGAGCAGUGGGCUGGUCUGAGAGUCGCGCAGGCGAACGGCGCUUCCCCUGUCCUGUAUGUGGGAAGCGCUUCCGCUUCAACUCCAUCCUGGCUUUGCAUCUGCGGGCGCACCCAGGCGCCCAGGCCUUCCAGUGCCCGCACUGCGGCCACCGCGCGGCGCAGCGGGCCCUGCUGCGCUCGCACCUGCGCACGCACCAGCCCGAGCGCCCGCGUAGCCCUGCCGCGCGCCUGUUGCUGGAGUUGGAGGAGCGCGCCCUACUGCGGGAGGCCCGGCUGGGGAGACCCCGAAGCUCAGGGGGCCUGCCGGCCACUCCUGCCACUGAGGGCCUGGCGCGGCCCCAGGCUCCAUCUUCGUCCGCCUUCCGUUGCCCCUUCUGCAAAGGCAAGUUUCGCACCGCGGCCGAGCGCGAACGCCACCUGCACAUUCUGCACAGGCCCUGGAAGUGCGGCCUGUGCAGUUUCGGCUCCAGCCAGGAGGAGGAGCUGCUGCACCACAGCCUGACGGCCCACGGAGCUCCUGAGCGACCCCUGGCGACCACCUCGGCUGCGCCCCAGCCUCAGCCUCCACCCCAGCCUGAACCCAGAUCCGUCCCUGAGCCCCCUGAGCCUGAGCCCGAACGUGAGGCAACCCCCGCCCCCGCGCCUGCUGCUCCCGAGGAGCCCCCUGCGCCUCCGGAGUUCCGCUGUCAAGUGUGCGGCCAGAGCUUUACACAGUCCUGGUUUCUCAAGGGUCACAUGCGCAAGCACAAGGCCUCCUUUGAUCAUGCGUGUCCUGUGUGUGGCCGCUGCUUCAAGGAGCCCUGGUUCCUUAAGAACCACAUGAAGGUGCACACCAGCAAGCUUGGUCCACUGCGUGCCCCGGGGCCUGGUUCUGGGCCUGCCAGGGCCCCCCAGCCUCCUGACCUGGGCCUGCUGGCCUAUGAGCCCCUGGGCCCUGCGCUCCUCUUGGCCCCGGCGCCCACCCCGGCUGAACGCCGUGAGCCUCCAAGCCUUCUGGGCUACCUGAGCCUGCGAGCUGGCGAGGCCCGGCCCAAUGGUGAGGGCGCUGAGCCUGGGGCUGGCCGCAGCUUUGGAGGCUUCCGCCCACUCCCCUCUGCUCUCCCGGCCCGGGCUCGCCGGCACCGUGCGGAGGAACCAGACGAGGAAGAGGAGGUGGUGGAAGCAGAGGAAGAGACCUGGGCCCGGAACAGGGCGCUGGGCCCUCUGGCCUCACUACCCCCACGCCCAAGCGAGGGCCCAGGGCACUCUGCGCCUGCUGCGGGGACCCAGGCAAGGUCCACCACCACCACGCAGGAAGAGAAUGGCCUCUUAGUUGGAGGGAGCCGGCCUGAAGGGGGUCGGGGUGCCACUGGCAAGGAUUGCCCCUUCUGCGGAAAAUCAUUCCGCUCAGCGCAUCACCUCAAAGUGCACCUGCGAGUGCACACAGGCGAGCGCCCCUACAAGUGUCCGCACUGCGACUACGCGGGCACCCAGUCCGGCUCGCUCAAGUAUCACCUGCAGCGCCACCACCGGGAACAGAAGAGCGGGGCCGGCCCCGGGCCGCCCCCAGAGCCGCCGCCCCCUUCCCAACGGGGUUCGGCCCAGCCCUCGGGAGCCAAGCCGACUCCGCAGCCUGCGACCUGGGCGGAGGGCACGGCGAGCCCCCGGCCUCCUUCAAGCGGCUCUGCGCCUGCGUCCCGUCGCAAGCCCUCCAGUCCUGGGAGGACCCUGCGCAACGGGCGAGGCGGUGAGGCCGAACCCCUGGACCUGUCCCUGCGGGCAGGGCCAGGAGGCGAGGCUGGGCCGGGGGGGGCCCUCCACCGAUGCCUUUUCUGCCCCUUCGCCACUGGAGCCCCCGAGCUCAUGGCCUUGCACCUGCAAGUGCACCACAGCCGCAGGGCUAGGGGCCGCAGGCCGCCCCAGGCCGAUGCAUCCCCGCCCUAUACCCGAGCAUCGUCAGGAGAGAACCCCCCCAGUCCUCCACAGGAAGGGGAGGAGGGGCCUGGGCUGUUGAGAUCAGGAGAGGCUGGGCUUGGGGGUCAAGAAAGGUAGGGAGCCCUUUUAGGGGCCGUUAGCUUAGUGAGUUUACCCCGCAGGAGCCGGGGAACGCUAGAGGUAGUUGGGUAGAGCAGCCAGCAGGGGGCAGCGUGGGACCCACAUCCCAGCCCCAGGCGGACCAGAGGUGGAGGGGCAGAGGGCGUUAGGAGGGUGGGCGGGCGGUACCCACCCAGCCCAGGGGAGAGUCACAGUGCCUUAGAAGUGGCAGGGGUGAGGAUCAAAGAACGGGGUCCCAGGGCUGGCAGAGAGGAAUGUUCCAGUUGAGGGGCGGCUCUGCCAGUCUUUGCUGGUCCAUAGGCGUGAAAGUUUAUUUUUGUACAAUGGGUGGGGGUGGGGGGCACUGUACCCUUCUAGCCCCUUCAGGGGCCCUGUAGACGUCGCUAUUUUUGGUACGAUUCCUGUCAUCCCUGUCACAGAGUUGUGUCCCCAAUAAACAGGUGUCUUGAGGCACAGGGCACUGUG